AAUUCAGUGUAUAAAGCGACCCACAAGCGAGUGCUUCGAGUUGUUAGGCGAAAAAACACUUCCGCAUCUCUAGGUGUGCAUAAUAAUUGCGUUCAUUCAUAUUCUAAUUAAAAGUAUAUUGUUGAACUUGAAAAGCCAUGCUUGAGACUUGGCUGAUAACCCUCAUAUUAGCGGGUGUUAUAGCUGGCCUCAUAUACUGUUUUCUAACAUGGAAUCUACAUUACUGGGAGCGGCGUGGCAUAAAACAAGCGAAAUCAUUUACACUAGUGGGCUCGUUUCCCAGCACAUUCUCGCAUCAACGGAAUAUAGCUUAUGAUAUCGAUGAUAUUUACAGAGCUUAUAAGGAUGCUGAGAAUUUUGUUGGUGUUUUAAUGAUGCGCACUCCGAAAUUGCUUGUGAUAGAUUCUGCUUUGGUGCAACAAAUUUUCGUAAAGGAUUUUCAAAAUUUCCAUGACAACGAAAUUUCACAAACAGUGGAUGAAAAGAGUGACUUCAUUUUGGCUAAUAACCCGUUUGUAUUAACUGGCAAUAAAUGGAAAGAGCGCAGAAUGGAAAUCAUACCCGCUAUGACACCAAAUAGAAUAAAGGCCGUCUAUCCGAUAACCUUGGAGGUGUGUCAACGACUUAUACACUAUAUCAAGGAGCAAACUAAGAGAAGCGCCACGGAAGGUUUAGACGCAUCAGAGCUCUUCUUACGCUACACAUCUGAGGUGGUGAGCGAAUGUAUAUUGGGCAUACGUGCCAACAGUUUUAACGAUGAAUCAUCACCAAUCUAUGCCAAUACGAAGAAAAUUUUCAACCAAACAUAUAUUUUUCGUGUUUAUCAACUGCUGACCGGAUUCAUACCUGCCGUGCGGAAUUUCUACAAAAUGCGUUUCUUUCCCAAAGACGUUGAAGAGUUCUUUAUUGAUUUAAUGCAGCGAACUUUAGAUUUGCGACGUAAACAAAAUGUGGAUAGAGUAGAUUUUAUCAAUUAUAUGUUACAACUGCAGCAAAAACGUAAUAUCUCAACGCCUGAGAUAACGUCGCAUGUAAUGUCCUAUAUGACCGAUGGCUUCUUAACGACAGCUACGGCUAUAACGCAUUGCUUGUUGUUGCUCGCACGCCACCAAGACAAACAGCGUCAAUUACGUCAAGAGAUUACAGAGCAUCUGGACGAGCAUCGUAACUUGAGCUUCGAAGUGCUCUCUGAUUUGCCAUACUUAGAUGCUUGUUUACAUGAGGCCUUACGAAUCUUCUCGCCAAUACUCUUUAACAAAAAGCUCUGCACGAAUUCUUGUGAGCUGGUUAAUAAGAAUGGCAGUAUUUUGAAGUUGCAAAAGAAUGAUGUCAUCAUGAUACCCGCUCAUUCAUUGCAUCAUGAUGAGUGUAUUUACGAAGAACCGGAGUUAUUUAAACCAGAACGCUUUCUACCCGAAAAUGGUGGCUUAAAAAGCUAUCGCGAUAGAGGUGUGCUCCUAGCUUUUGGUGAUGGACCACGCGUUUGCUUAGGCAUGCGAUUUGCGCUCACUCAAAGUAAAGCAGCAAUUGCCGAGGUCGUAAGGAAUUUCGUAAUCAAACCCAAUCCCAAAACACGCUCGGACAAUACCUUAACUAAAGAUAGCUUUUUUGGAAGCUUGGAAGGUGGAGUUUGGCUCGAUUUUGAGUCAAUUAAUGCAUAGUUAAAUUAACAAAUAAAAUUAAUAAUAUUAUAUUAAUUUAAACUAAGGUUCUUCACAUAACUCAUGUAAACUAAAAAUGAUCUAAUAGCUCCUUAUACUAACUAACCUUCACUAACACGCCUCUCUUAACCCCCAGAGUCGCCAAGUAGACACUUAUUUGUCAGUUAACAUAAUGACAAUUGCUAUAAGAAUGACUGCGUAUUAAUUGCUGUCAUAUUAAGUGGAGCCAAGCUGCCGGCGCGCGAUACUUGCCACAUGCGCCACAACAGCCAGACAGGCGGCUGGACAGCUAUAAUUGGCAACAUAACAAUGUGUAGGCUCAAACAGCCAUUGCAAAACACAAAAUAUCAAAUAAAAUGUGCAUUAUAUAACAAUUUUUCCCACAACAUUGCCUUGCAAUUGAUAGCUGGAAUGAUACAGCAAUGGAGAGUAAUGAAAAUGUGAAGUAAAAUACAAAAUGUUGAUAUUAAAUUGAGUGGCACUUGUAAAUAGAGUUUAAUUAAGGAAUUUAAUACGAGAUUAAAGUUUUGAAAACUCUGUUAAUAUGAA